UAAGUUUUUUAUUAUUCGUUAAAAUUGGGCCACAUGUUUGGGUUUUGAAAAAAAAAAUUUUGGUUUUGAGUUUUUUCAAAUUAAAAACAAAAAACAAAAACAAACAUGUCUUUGAUGUGUCAGAAAAAUAGCUUUCUACAAGAGUAUAAAAGUCCAGUACUGUCAUGUCAAUCAUCUAGUUUGAAUUUGAAUGGUAAACAAUAUCAAGGAUUCGAUGUUGUAUUAGAAGAUAGUAUUUUCUUUCCUGAAGGUGGUGGACAGCCAUACGAUACCGGUUUAUUGGAUGAUCAAAAAGUUAUCAAUGUUCGUCGUGAUGGUAAUAAAGCCAUAUUGUUUGUUGAAAGUGGUGAUGAUCAUUGUCGAUUAUUUGAUUGUGGUCAACAACCAUUACAAAAAAUUGAUUGGAAUCGUCGUUUUGAUCAUAUGCAACAACAUUCCGGUCAACAUUUAAUCACAGCUGUAGCAUUGAAAUAUUUUAAUCUACUUACAACAUCAUGGAAUCUUGGUGCUGAUGUUUCGAAUAUUGAACUUGAUACGGCACAAAUUUCAGAUGAAACAAUCGAACAAUUAGAACAAAAAGUUAAUGAAAAAAUUCGUGAAAAUCUACCGAUAACAGUAUCUUAUCGUGAUAAAGAUGAUUUAGCAGACAUCAGGCAACAAAUGGAAUUACCCGAUGAUUUGAAUCAACAAUCAUUACGUAUUAUUUCAAUUGAAUCAUUGGAUAAAAAUCCUUGUUGUGGUACUCAUGUAUCCAAUUUAUGUCAACUACAAAUAAUCAAAUUAUUAGGUAUUCAAAAAGGUAAAAAAGGAAAAACAUUACUGUUUUUUCACUCCGGUAAUCGUGUACUUAAACAUAUGAACAAUUUACUGCAACGUGAAAAAUCAUUGUCAUCAUUGUUAAAAUGUACAGGCGAAGAAUUUGUACCGAUUGUGGAUAAAUUGCAGAAAAAUGUUCGCCGUUUACAAAAGAAUUGUACAUCGGCAAUGCGAGAUUUAGCACGAUGUGAAGCUGAAAAAUAUAUUCGAUUAGUGGAUAAACCCAAACUUUAUUCUAUACAUCGAAAAGAAAGUGAAUAUGAUUUUAUAACAAGUUUUUUCAAUCAAAUUGACAAUCCAUCAUCAUCAUUGAUUGAUAAUCGAUUAAUACUAAUUUCACUUGCUGAUGAUUGUAAUUCAUUAAAAAGUCCUGGUCAAAUUGUUAUUGCUGGUGAUCAACAAUUGGUUGAAAAAAGUGCUAAAAUUGCAAUUGAUUCAUUCGGUGCAAAAGGAUCUAUUUCACAAGGUAGAUUUCGUGCUCGUAUAUUGGAUAUAUCUAAACUACCGAAAUUAGAAGAAAUGAUUAAACAAACAAUUUGAAAAAUAAAUUUUAAAUUUAAAAAAAAAUGAAUAAAUUUUUGA